GAUGUCGGCUCGGUCAUGUGAUCAGCUGUGUCCAAUCACAGCUGAGAUCACAUGGCACUGAUGAUCAGUGUGCCCUGAUGAAGUGUGGCCCAGAAGUGCCACCUGUCAGUGUCCAUCAUGCCAGCAGUCAUGCUGCUCAUCAGUGCCACAUGCCAAUGCCCAUCAGUGCCACAUCAAUGCGGCACAUAUCAGUGUGCCCAUCUGAGCUGCCUUUCAAUGUCACCCAUCAGUGCCAGUCAGUGCCACCUAUCAAUGCCAAUCAGUGCCACCUAUCAGUGCUGCAAAUCAGUGCCACCUAGCAGUGCCAGUCAGUGUCGCCUAUCAGUGCCAGUCAGUGCCGCCUAUCAGUGCCAGUCAGUGCUGGCUAUCAGUGCCGCCUAUCAGUGCCAUAUAUCAGUGUCAUGUAUCAGGCUGCUGCCUUUCAGUGCCCAUCAGUGAUGCCUGUCAAUGCCCAUCAGUGCAACCUACCAGUGUCUCCUCAUCAGUGCCACCUAUCAGUGUCCAUCAGUGCAGCCUCAUUAGCGCACAUCACAGUGAAGGAGAAAAAUCACUUUACAAAAUCAUUUACAAAAUUGUAUAACAAAAACUAAGAAAAAAAAACUUUUUUUUUUUCCAAAAUUUUCAGUGGUUUUUGGUUUGUUUAAGAAAAAAUAA